UCUUUAUUGUUUCGCUAUGCCUUUCUGUGUUAACCUGCACUGUGAUGCAAGUGCUAGGCUAGCUAGCUAAAAUCCGGUGUACUGUAACUUUUACCAACAAUGACUGCUAACAAAUCUCUACCUCAGUUUAGUCCAGAUUAGAACCGGGGGGAACAAUGGGGCUUGUGCAAGGCUCGCUUCUGCCAGAUGGCGGAAGUAACACUGGAUAUCACGUCCAUGGGGUACGUAAAAGGUUCAGGAACACUCUCCUGCCUUUAAGGCUGGUCUGGAGCCUUUCUUUGACUUCAUCCUCUCGAUAGGAAACACCAGACUUAAUAAAGAAAGCGACUUGCUCAGGGACCUCCUUAAGGCCAACAUGGAGAAAGCGGUUCGACUUGAAGUGUACAACUCUAAAACCCAGCGCGUGAGGGAGCUGGAGGUGACGCCCAGCAACAUGUGGGGGGGUCAGGGUUUGCUGGGCGCCAGCGUUCGCUUCUGCAGCUUCGAGGGAGCCAAUGAGAGCGUGUGGCACGUUUUGGAUGUGGAAGCCGACUCCCCUGCAGCACUGGCUGGUCUGAUUGCACAGGAUGACUUUAUAGUUGGAGCCGACCAGGUGUUACAAGACUCAGAAGAUAUCUUCUCUUUGAUUGAAGCUAAUGAGGGGAAACCUAUGAAGCUGUUGGUGUACAACACACACACAAAUCAGUGCAGGGAGGUGGUGGUGACGCCAAAUGGAGCGUGGGGAGGAGAGGGAAGCUUAGGAUGCGGGAUCGGCUACGGCUAUUUGCACAGGAUUCCAACACGACCCGCUCAGCUGGACCGAUGUGACGAGGCAUCAGGCCUCAGAGAAGCUCAGGUGGCUUCCUCGGCUGAAAGUGGCUCAAAUAUUGAGGAGGAGCAAAGUCUGAGUUCAGUUUUUCCCAAGCCGCAGCACAUCGACGAUUCCAACGCACCCAAAGCCACGACUCCAGAUCUCACUGAACACGAUUCCAUCGGUGACGAAGGCCACAGCUCCAUGUUUGCGAAUCGCAGAGACGACACAGAUCCGUGUAUCUUCGAUCAUUCAUCGUUUGAUCAGAGAGCUCCGUCUCCAGAGAAAACAGAGGAGUCUGACCUCCAUCGGGCAGAAGAGUCCGGUUUGGACCUGACCAGAGAAGCUACGGAUGACAUCACUGAUGCGAACAUCCCAGAAACGCUGGAUCUGAGCAACACCGAACCUUCCAGCUCAGGUCAAACUUUAGAGGAGAGGUUGGAGGCUGAUGCUGCAGAAGCGUGAGAGAAGAUUUAAAGAAAUCAUUGAUGCAAAAAAAAAAAACCAACCUUUUAUCACUGGGACUUUUUGUUUAGAGGGUUUUAUUUCCACCAGUGCCGCUGCUGCAUGCUACGUUGCACAUUUAGGAGGAAUGUUUUACUUAUCCAGCACAGGAGAAAUGAAGAUGAAAUAAAAAACUGAAUGUAUUCUUGGUUUAGACACACUGGAUGAAGCUUUAGUUCAGUUAUUUACUGGAAAAUAUCUGACUUGUUUGCACAAAAAAGUCUAAAUAUGGAAAUAAAAAUGCAGCUUUGAUGUUUCCACUA